AUGAGCCACGAUGCGAAACUCAGCAAGGAGCUAGAGGUAGCUCACAUUGAGAGCUCACAGCUUGAAAAAACAAUAUUAGAAGACAGAGAGUUGAUUGUCGUAUCUCCCGAAGAAGCUAAGAAAAUUAUUUGGAAGAUCGACAGGCGUUUGCUCCCUGUUGUUGGCCUCGUGUAUUGCAUCAGUCUCCUCGAUCGGGGAAAUUUCGCACUUGCUAAUUCAGCGGGCAUGAAAAAGGACUUAGAACUCUCUGUGGGAAAUAGAUACAGUUUGAUCGCCCUCAUCUUUUUUGUGCCUUACAUCAUAUUCGAGUUUCCAUCAACCAUCCUCAUCCGAAUAGUUGGACCAAGGCUUUUCAUUUCUGGAAUCUGCAUGACAUGGGGGAUUCUCAUGAUAGGUAGUGGAUUCGUCAAUAAUUGGCACGAAUUAUUCGGCAUUCGUAUUCUGCUUGGGGUAUUAGAAGCUGGCUUCUUCCCAGGAAGUGUUUAUUUACUAAGUACUUGGUAUUCUCGAUACGACGUCCACAAGCGAUUCUCGUUCUUCUACCUCAUUGGCUCUAUGUCUUCCGCUCUUGGAGGAAUUCUAUCCUACGCCUUUUCGCGAAUGGAUGGGGUGGCUGGAAUUGCAGGCUGGCGAUGGAUUUUCAUUAUGGAAGGCAUCAUCACUUGUCUCAUUGCAACUCAAGGGUUUCUUUUAAUUGUGGAGUUUCCUGAAAAAGCUGCACAGUCUUGGAACUUUUUGUCAGAGAGAGAAGCAUCAUGGGUUGUCCAACAAAUCAACAACGAUCGUAACGAUGUAACUCCAGAUAAGUUCAACCUUGGCCGUUAUUGUAGAGAAGCGUUGGACGUCAGGCUCUGGUUAUUCGGAAUGUUAUUCUUCUGUGUGCUCACAACUCCAUAUGCCGUUGCCUUUUUCCUUCCAGCAAUCCUUGGAUCAAUGGGAUUUAACAGCGCCGAAUCUCAAUAUCUCACGGCUCCACCUUAUUUUGCAGCAGCGUUCCUAAUGCUCGGAACAGCAUGGUUUGGUGAUAAAUAUAAGGUUCGAGGCCCUGGCAUCAUCGCCUGUUCUAUUCUCACUAUCAUUGGGCUGGCCUUAAUUGGCUUUACAAAAACUACCGGUGUGAGGUACUUUGGUGUAUUCUUAACUGUCUCUGGAGCCAACUCCAACAUUCCGGCAAUUAUGGCAUAUCAAGCCAAUAAUAUUGUGGGCCAGACUAGAAGAGCUAUGGGCUCUGCUCUCCUAGUUGGAAUGGGAGGCGUUGGUGGUAUUGCGGGUUCUUUGGUAUUCAGAUCACAGGAUUAUCCUCUUUACCGUCCGGGCAUAUAUGCCUGUUUAGCUUGUAACGGGUUGAUGAUUCUCAUCGUUAUUGGCUUAUCAACAUUCUUUAGCAAUCAAAACAAGAAACAGAGGCGUGGGGAGAUUAUUAUUGAGAAGACGGCAGGAUUCCAGUACACUCUUUGA